UUAUCCCUCUCUUUUGACUUUUUAUUAAUUCAACCCUUUCCAGAUGCCAACAUACUCUUACCCUUCACCUUCCUCUUCCCCUUCCUCUUCCUUAGCCUCCUUAUCCUUCCUUUGAUUAUCCUUCCCUCACCCCAUCCAAACAGAGUGUAAAAGCACCAAACAGAGUGUAAAAGCACGCACAUCAUCGCCUAUAUUAACAAACGAACACCACCACGAGAUUUCUAAUCUCUCUCUUCCUUAAAAUAAAAACAUGUCCAACAUAGACUACGAUGUUCGUGUGAAAGCUAUUGAGGUGGAGCAAGAGAAUGGCCGGGUUUCAGAACCGGCAAGGAUGAUCCAAGUGAAAUUCCACCGCCUGAAAAUUGUUCGCUUCUACCCUUCGCCGCCUACGGCCGAUUAUGAUGGGAUCGGUUAUGAAAGUCGGGAGUUGAUAAGUAAGAGAUCGAUCCAUGUUCCUGCUAGCAAUUUGCCGCUUGAUCAAGCAUUGGCGCAAAAGCGUGCGCUUGAAGUUAUAAAUAACAUGAGAAUACCAGAACAUGUAAAAGACGAGAUUUUAGAAGAACUUCUCUCUGUUUUAGAAGAGAAGAUCUCGGCUUCAAGUAAUGCUGUUUCUGGCACGAGGAUAGUAAUUGUCGUUGGUAUUGCGUUGGUGAAGUGGCAAGGAUUGAAUAACAGACAAUUUGAAGACUUAAUAAUAAGGAGGGCUGAGAUGCAGUCAAUGGAAGAUAAAGCAAAGCCAAUUCCUGCUAGUAAAGAAUCCAUUGAAGCAUUAGAAACAGUGGCUUUUGAUGAAUUGAAAGAGUGCGUAGUUUGUAUGGCAGAGAUUGAAACGGGAACUGAAGGAAUUAGAAUGCCGUGUUUGCACUUUUAUCAUCAAGACUGUAUUAAGAAGUGGUUGCAGAGUAGCCGCGUCUGUCCGCUUUGUCGCUAUGAGAUGCUGCCAGAGCAAGAACAGUAGGGCGUAUUGUGCAGUGGUUGCAGGGUAGCCGCUUGUGUCCGCUUUAUCGCUAUGAGAUGCCGCCAGAACAGAAACGUUACUUUGGUAUGACUUUUUAUUUGUUUUUAUGCAAUUGUUUUUAGGAAAAUAAUUCGACUUUAUUGAACAAUUUUUAAAUUGACAAUGGAUUUUCUUGUUCUUUCUAAUACAUAGUUCUGGCAUUGGAUUUUCUUGUUC